UGACAGCAGGUACCGCGUUUACAUGGCGGCAAUAGAAAUACAUAUAUCGACUGAUUUGAUUUCAAAAGUGAUACAUGUGUAAUAAAGGCAAUUCUUUAUAGAAAAAAAAAGUAAUAUUUCAUUAUAAAUUCGUUAUUAUUUGUUCACAGUUAGGUUCAUAAAUAAUUAUGCUAAUUAAAUAAUACAUAAAGAAGAGUUAUAUUUGUUAUUAAUAUUGACAAUGAGUAUCUCGAAAUAAGAUAAUCAUUAAUGUUCUUUCAUUUUCAAUCGAAUUUGGUGUACUGAAUAUAGUUGUGAAACUUUAAUAUAAAUUUAAAAGAAAAUAAUGUCCGCUGCAUCAGCAUCAUUCAAAGAAAGAGAUGACGAAGUGGACGAUGACAAUGACACAGAUGAUUAUAAUCCACAAGCAAAGUUGAUAAAAACAUUGGAAAGAAAUGGAAUUACAGCAGGUGAUAUUAAAAAAUUUGAAGAGGCUGGUUACCAUACUGUGGAAGCAAUAGCGUAUGCCCCAAAAAAACACCUUAUUUCUAUCAAAGGUAUUAGUGAAGCUAAAGCAGAUAAAAUAUUACAAGAAGCAUCAAAGUUAGUGGUAAUGGGUUUUAAGAGUGCCACGGAGAUACAUCAAACACGUGCAAACAUCGUUUAUGUUACCACUGGUUCUACGGAAUUGGAUCGAUUAUUAGGUGGAGGAAUUGAAACAGGUUCUAUCACAGAAAUUUUUGGAGAGUUUAGGACAGGAAAAUCACAAUUAUGUCAUACAUUAGCUGUAAAUUGUCAAUUACCUAUAGAUAUGGGAGGAGCAGAAGGUAAAUGCCUUUAUAUAGAUACAGAAGGAACAUUUAGACCAGAAAGGUUAAUUGCUGUUGCUGAAAGAUACAAAAUUGCUGGUGAUUCUGUUCUUGAUAAUGUUGCUUGUGCUAGAGCUUAUAAUACAGAUCAUCAAACUCAGUUAGUGAUACAAGCUAGUGCCAUGAUGACAGAAUCCAGAUAUGCUAUGUUGAUUGUAGAUAGUGCAACAGCUCUUUAUCGUACUGAUUAUUCUGGUAGGGGUGAAUUAUCAGCUAGGCAAAAUCAUUUAGCUAGAUUUUUAAGGAUGUUGUUACGAAUAGCAGAUGAACAUGGUGUAGCAGUUGUUAUAACUAAUCAAGUAGUAGCUCAAGUUGAUGGUGCAGCUUCUAUGUUUGGUGGUGAUCAAAAGAAACCAAUUGGAGGUAAUAUCAUAGCACACGCGAGUACAACCAGAUUGUAUUUACGUAAAGGUAGAGGAGAAACAAGAAUAUGCAAGAUCUAUGAUUCACCUUGUUUACCAGAAAGCGAAGCAAUGUUUGCUAUAAAUGCAGAUGGUAUAGGAGAUGUGAAAGAAUAAUUCAUUUCAUGCCAAUAUUAUAUUUUAAAUAAUGUAACAAUAUUAAUUGAUAAGUUUGUUAAACUCGACAUUUCUUAAGAUAAAUUGUAUACCAUUUUUCAUAUAAAUAUCUUGUUCUUCUAAUAAAAGUAAGUUAAUAUUUUAAUUAAGAUUUGAAUAAGCAUUACAUAAAUGAUAAGCAGAAGAAGUGUUCACCAUCCAUAGAAUAAAUAACUGAAGAUAGUAACGUAUAUUUUUUAUAGAAAUUUGUAAAAUUUAUUAUAAAAAACUUCUAUAUCUGUAACAAAUAAAAUUGUUUAUUAAUUAA